UCAAUGCAUGUCAUUCAAGUCCUGAAUACCUCUAUUACUAUUACUUAUUUUGUCAAUAAAUAUUCAACUAAAAUUUACUUAUAAUUUUCAUAUAUAUAAAACAAUAAUUGUAAGCUUACAAAAUGACCGCAACAUUCACCCAUAAAAGUAUAACUUUUCUGGGAUUUAUUUUAAUUUUUCAUGCUGCAUAUUCAGCUGCCCAACAUCGUUCCUAUUUACGUAUAACUGAACAAGAAUUUACCACAUUACCAAUUGAUAUUGUUAUUCAAGGAAUUGCCAGUUUGAUUAUUGUCAUGUAUGGAAUAAUGUAUAUCGCUGGUGAUUUUCGUGAAAUACGUGCUGUUGUUGAUCUCGAAUGUAAAACAUGGGAAACUACAAGAAAUUUGCCAUCAUUUCAAAUAUUCAAUCAUCGUGGAAGAUGUCUAUCGCCAGAAUACAAAUCAUCAAACUAAAUAAUUAAAUGAUAAAACAAAUUAAUAUAUUAAUAAAUAUAUCAUUCCAAUUA